GUCAAGGGUCUUGUGCUUCAUCUAUUCAGUGCUAUGAGAGUUUUGCUUAACUCGAACCUUAGCCCAUAUUUGUCAUUUCCGUUGUUGAUAGCCGGAGUGGUUGCUGCAGAACGUCACGACCGACUGACAGUGAAAAUGCUAUAUCUCGGAAUCGUGAGCCGCAACGGGGAAACGAAUAUACAGCGGAUCUGGACAAUAAUCGAGGAAUUGUGGAGACUGAAUCCAGAUGGAAAUCAGCACUUAGAUUGGCAGAGUGUCAUUGACCGACUGGGCUACAACAUAUGUGUUUGGUAGCAGAUAUCCUUUUGAAUUUUGGGAGUAAUCAAGAUAUAUUACUCGUUGGUCACUCAAGAUCGGCCUUGAAGCAACUGCACCACAAUUAGAUAGAUUUUGGCUUAAUGCGUGUGUUCAUAGUGCGCACGGUCUUGACUGCGGAGCUCCUUUUAAAUGUAACGCUCUUCCAAGAACGGUAAUUUAAGCCUUUUUGUGGGGUAGGAUAAUUUUUAUCGGCUAAAACAAUGACCCUGCUUACCCCCCUUGGAAGAUCGUGGGGCCGAUAGACUGAGAAACCGUAGCCCUGUUGGCUGGGGACUGCUCAAAAUGGUACCUCCUCGAUUGUGUUACAGAUUUCUAAACGCAAUAUAAAUGCGCGCCGCUUUGACAAUUUUUCGAGUGCCAGAUGACCAUACCCACUGUAGAGACCCAAAAUAAUUUCGAGCCAAAAUUUGUUAAUCCUCCAGGCCCAGUUUUAGCGCCGAACGUCCUAGACCUCUUCUCAUUGAAGAACAAAGUUUGCGUUGUAACCGGAGCUGGCAGAGGAAUUGGUUACCACAUUGCAGAAGCCUACGCGCAAGCCGGUGGACGUAUAGCUGUUUGGGAUUACGAGGAGCCAGCAAAGGCAGCAGCCAAAAUUAGUGAGAGCACUGGUGCAGAAACAAAGUCCUACGGGUGUGACGUUGGUGAUCAACAGAAGGUUAAAGAAACUGUUGACCAAAUAGUUAAAGAUUUUGGAACCAUUGAUGUUUUUGUUGCGAAUGCUGGUAUCCAUAUUGUUACGGACGGGGUUAUUGAUGCUCUAGAUGAGGAUGGGUCGAGAUGGUCUAAAGUUAUGAACGUUAAUCUCAAUGGAGUUUACAACUGUUCAAAAGCAGUUGGUAGAAUAUUCAAAGAACGGGGGUCAGGAUCAUUAAUUUUUACCGGAUCUAUGUCCGGUCAUAUAGUGAAUAUACCAAUUCAUCAUGCAGCUUACAACACAAGCAAGGCUGGGGUUAUUCACUUUGCAAAGUGUCUUGCAAUGGAAUUUAAAGACUUCGCCCGAGUCAAUACAGUUUCACCCGGUUAUAUUGAUUCUGGAAUCAACAACCAUGUGGACCCCACUCUACGCAAAACAUGGCAGAAAGAGAUUCCUCUUGGAAGAGAGGGAUAUCCCCGGGAAUUGAUUGGCGCCUACCUCUAUUUUGCUUCGGACGCAUCCACAUACGCCACUGGGUCAGAUUUAAUUGUCGAUGGUGGCUACACCAUUCAUUAGAAUUCGCAACCGUGGCGAAGUUUAUACUCUUCGGCUUCCAUGAUUAUCCUUUAUGGCUCAGAUGCUUAGCUGGGUCGUCAGUGAACAAAAUAUAUUUGUGAUUUAAAGUGAUCCUAAGUAAUUGUGUUUUACAGCAUCACGGCACUAGCUGGAUCAAUUUAGUGAUCUUUUUUGAUACAUUUUUGCAAAAUUAUUCCGUUACCUGGAUCAACUAGAUUAAAGUGGGUGAGUAUGAGUUAAGGUCCAAUAUGCAGAAAAACGACCUAAUGCAUGUCAUGAAUUUUGAAUGCUUAUAAAUCUUCUAAGCAUGACUUCAUCGUCGAAUAAAGAUCUACACCAAUUUCCAUAUUCGUAUGGUGGCUUUUCGGGGAACAAAAUUUCCUCGGGAACGUUUUUACCUAAUUUGACAUGGUUUUGAUCACCGUUGAGCCUUUUGCUGGAAUUGACCACACAUAAGAAGCAUCGAGUCUUAUAAGCCACAGGCUUAGCGCUACCAUUAAAGAAAUGCCGAAAUGCUUAGCUCAUAAGAUUGAACUCAGUUGCUUUGGUCAACAAUUAUAAAUAUAUCUCUAUUAUGUGGAGGCUAACUACAGUAAAAGCCAGGAAGUUUGUACGAUGAUGAACAGUUAUAUUCUCUCACUAUAUUUGACUCUGACUGGUUCAAUUGCUGUCCCAGUUUCAGACUCCGUUUCGAGCUCCUCAAACUCAACCACGCUAACUGAGCUUUGCGACUCGUCAUACGUACAAAGUCUUAUACCUUCCAACGGCACGUUGUUGGGAAUUGAGCUGAUUCCUUCCUCCGUUCAGGCCGUUGUUGUGGACCCAUCAACUCAAGAUUCAAAUUCCUCGGGAGCUAGCUCAACCAGUACGUAUACCUCUAAGUACUGCAGUGUCACUCUCGAGUACACUCAUACGGGAAAGGGUGACAAUGUGACUGUCAAAUACGCUUUUCCAAGCCCUGAUGAAUUUUCGAAUCGGUUCUACCUUGCUGGAGGUGGUGGAUACUCUCUGAAUUCGGAUGCUACAGGCGGACUUACCUAUGGUGCUGUCAGUGGAGCUACCAGUGCUGGCUACGAUGCCUUUGACUAUAGCUUGGACGAAGUCUUUUUGUAUGGCAACGGCUCCAUCAACUGGGAUGCAACUUAUAUGUUCAGCUACCAGGCUCUUGGUGAGCUGACUGUGGUGGGGAAAUAUCUCACGAGAGAAUUCUAUGGUCUUGCCCAAGAUGAAAAACUUUACACCUAUUUUGAAGGAUGUUCCGACGGAGGUCGUGAAGCAAUGUCUCAGGUCCAAAGAUGGGGUGACCAGUAUGACGGCGUUAUUGCUGGUGCUCCCGCAUUUAGAUUUGCUCAGCAACAAGUUCUUCAUGUUUUCUCUGCCACUGUUGAGCACACGCUUGGCUACUAUCCACCAACUUGUGAACUUGAAAAAAUUGUGAAUGCUACUAUUGAAGCAUGCGAUGGCUUGGAUGGUCGUGUCGAUGGAGUCAUCUCCCGAUCCGAUUUAUGUGCACUAGAAUUUGAUCUUGAAAGUUUGGUUGGCCAGCCAUAUUACUGUGCCGCCACAACUAGUUCUUCUCUUGGGUUUGGUUUCAGUAAACGAGACGAGGCAAGUCAAACUAGCCAUACGCCAGAGCAAAGCGGAAACAUCACGCAAGAAGGUAUCGCAGUUGCAAAGCAGAUUUACGAUGGUCUGUUUAACAGUGAUGGAGAAAGGGCUUACUUUUCUUUCAGAAUUGGAUCGUCUCUCGAUGAUGCUGAUGCGACAUACAAUGCUGAUGACGACACUUGGGAGUUGAAUAUCCCUUCAACAGGUGGACUUUACGUCCAGAAAUUCAUUAAGCUUCUUGACUUGGAUAACUUGGAGAAUCUCGAUGGAGUCACCUACGAUACCUUGAUUGACUGGAUGAAAACCGGCAUGUACAGAUAUUUCGACAGUUUGCAGACAACGGUCACUGACCUGACUACGUUCAGAGACUCUGGAGGAAAAUUGAUUCACUAUCAUGGAGAGUCCGAUCCAAGUAUUCCUCCAGCAUCUUCAAUUCACUACUGGCAGAGUGUGAAAGAUACAAUGUAUGGAAACCUGACCUUUGAAGAUAGUCUCAAGCAGCUUGAUGACUGGUACCAAUUUUACCUCAUCCCAGGAGCCGCACAUUGCGGCGCAAAUGAUUUGCAACCGGGUCCUUACCCAGAAACAAACAUGGAGAUCAUGAUCAACUGGGUUGAGAACGGCGUGAAACCAAGUGGUCUGAAUGCUACAGUUUCAGAGGGUGAAUAUGCCUCAGAGAACCAGGAACUGUGCAAGUGGCCAACUCGUCCACUCUGGAAGUCUGACAACCUCUCAACUUUUGAGUGCUCUUUUGACGAGGCUUCCUAUAAGAGCUGGACCUAUGAUUUACCAGCUUUUAAGAUCCCUGUCUACUAAAUGCUUCACUUCUCUCGUUGACAAGUUUUCUAUAAGACAGUCGUUUAAGGAAAAAUUAAGCAAG